CUCGUCAACUCUCACGAACACCCAAAACCAAGUCAUUCUCCCACAUAUCUCCCACUAAAAUCUCCAAGAUGCCAGAAAUCGGAGAAGUAGCACGCAUAGUGCACUUCCUACGCAAACACUGCGCCAGCAAAGUGAUCUCAGCAGUCCAAGUCCAAGAAGACAACAUCAUCUACGGCAAAGUCGGGACCUCCGCCUCGGCAUUCCAGAAAGCCAUGACCGGAAAACGCAUCCUCGACGCAAAACAACAAGGCAAAUACUUCUGGCUAGAAAUGGAUUCCGCACCUCAUCCGGUCAUGCAUUUGGGAAUGACGGGUUGGAUAAAAUUCAAAACCGACGAUACAAGUCAUUAUUAUAGAAAACCUGAAGAUGAGGACAAACCGCAAGAAUGGCCGCCGAGGUUUUGGAAGUUUAUUUUGCAGUUGCAAGGAGAGGAGAAUGAGAUUGCUUUUGUGGAUCCGAGAAGAUUGGCUAGGAUUAGAUUGGUGGAUGUUGCUGCGAAGGAGUUGCGCAACACGACACCGCUCAAGGAGAACGGACCUGAUCCGGUCAUCGACAAGGAGAUUCUUACUGAGCAAUGGUUGGAGGAGAAAUUGAAGAGUAAGAAGGUGCCUAUCAAGGCAUUACUUCUGGAUCAAGCGAAUAUUUCUGGAAUCGGCAAUUGGGUUGCGGAUGAAGUGUUGUAUCAAGCGAGGAUUCAUCCGGAGCAGUACAGUUAUACCUUCUCAUCCGCACAAAUCGCCGCGCUACACAAGGCUAUGAUGGAAGUCUGCGGGCUUGCUGUUGAGGUGCUUUCAGACAGCAGUCAGUUCCCGGAAACCUGGUUGAUGAAGUACCGUUGGGAUAAAGGAAAGAAGGAUAAGAAUGUCUUGCCGAACGGAGACAAGAUUGUGCAUUUGAAGGUCGGAGGAAGGACUUCUGCCAUUGUGCCGAGGUUGCAGAAGAAGACUGGAAAGGUUGCUGGGGAUGUGGGUUCUGCGGAUGAGAUGGAAGAGGACACAGCAGAAUCGCAAGAGGAGGCCGCACCCAAGAAGCCCAAGUCAAAGGCUAAGAAGGCGACCACAAAGGUCAAGGCUGAAGUUGACGAGGAAGAGACCAAGCCCAAACGUGCAAGAACGACAAAGCGCAAAGCAGAGACAGCAGACGAAGACGAGUCCGCGUCUGUCAAGUCAGAAGACGAAGACACCAAGCCUGUCAAAAAACGACAGACAAAGACAGCAACGAAAACAAACGGCACGAAAGCCACACAGGCCAAGCCCAAGAAGACGGACGUCAAGGUCGAGACACCUGCUGCCGAGGGACAGACAAGAAGACGAUCAGGUCGACUCUCAGGCAAAGACAUCUGAGGCGAAGUAACCACAUAACCAUGCUUUGAAUCUAUACAUCCACCAUACUCCAAAAACUCCCAUGUUCUUCACCCAUUCAUACCUUCGCUUACACAUCCUUCUCACUUUCAUACCACCCAUUUCC